GAGCGGCCGAAUCCGCCUGUCCGCAAAAACAUUUCGAACCGAGCCUAGCGUCGCAGGAAGGCUCUCCUGACGAUUAGGACAAGUUAAUAUGAUAGUUGUACGACUAUUAUAACAUUUAAAUGUCAAGAUUUUAUUUUUUUGUCGUAAACAGCGUCGUCAUUCUGUAUGUACUCAAAGCCGCAGCGAAAGGAGGCACGGGAGGCCCAUGCGACACAGACGACAACUGCCGGAGAGACGGGCACUUCGUCUGCCGGAACCGCACCUGCACCUGCCUGCCAGGAUACUAUGAGGAGCUAGUCAACUCCAGCCUCACCUGCAGCUAUGUGGGUGUCCCGGUGGGCGAGCGUUGCCUGUCGGACGAGUCGUGCAUCAACAGCAACCGCACCCGGUGCGGCAGCCGGCGCGUCUGCGUCUGCCGCAAGAACUUCUACGAGCACGGAGGCAUCUGCAAGACUGGCCGGAAGCUAGGAGAGGCGUGCCGGUCGGACAGCCAAUGCGAGGCCGGCAGCAACGCGUCAUACUGCCGGGGCUCGACCUGCCGGUGCCGCGACGGCUACUACCAGGAGUCCAUCGGAGGAAACACCACCUGCGUUCCGGGCAAUCCUCCGCUGCUGCUGUGCUACACCAACUACGACUGCUUCAUCCGGGACCGGCACCUGGUGUGCGACGGCCGGUUCUGCCGCUGUCGCCAGGGGUACCACACGGAACUCACCGCGUGGGGCUGGCGGUGCGCAGAUUCGUCGGGACUGCAGCGCCCCGUCCACGGCGGCGUGGUCUCCGUGUUCAGGAUCUCGCCGGCGGCCAUCUUGAUAGCCUGCAUCAUCCUGGGAUAUAUGAAACGCCGGCAAAAGCCCGAGGCCGGCCCUGGCGUCCACGACGGCAGGACGUUUGGCGGACGGCCGCACCGCUACAUCCUGCCCUUCCGACGAGGCGUGUCGCUGCGGGAAGUGGCGCAACGUGGCCAGGGCGAGAGGACAGGCGACUCCUUUGACCACCUGCUGCCGCCGGCGGCCACCGUCGCCAACCUACCCCCCGAGCCGCCACCUUACCAGACCGACGAGCAGGAACCACCGCCAAGCUACGAAGAGGCAGUGCGGAGCAUCCCUCCAUCCGUGAGCGCCGCCUCCACCACCGCCACACAGCAGACGACGACGAACCUGACGACGAGGCGGGCCUGAGACCACCUACACUCUUCAACAACAACAACAACAAGCAUUUGUUUGCAGACGAGAUGUCGAGCACUCGCCCUCGCAACAGCACUCCUAGACAAACUCUCUUUCCCUAGCCCUCCUCGCUUUUCUUUUCCUGGUUUUUCUCGCGCGAGGUCAAUGGGAGUUUUCUCGUCUGCCCAUUCUGUCCGACGUCCUCGGUAGAGAGGAAAGACGAGGCAGACGACGCUCGACGCCGACAAAAACCAAAAGGAAAGAAGGAAAGAGCGGAGAGAAUAUAAAAGGCUGUUCGAACGACGACGAGCGGUGUCGGAGCCUUUCGUUUGACAUUCAAUGAACGGUGACGAGGAGCAAUUGAGGAGUUCUCGUGCCGACGACGUAUAUUAAGGUCCCGAGGCGACCGAACGUCGAGACGCCAGUAGUUUGCCGAGGCCGCCGUCGGGCUUCGAGGGGUCACGUGUCAAUGUUUUGCGUUUGUACAGGCUUUCUCGACUCUUCUUGGCAAUCUGUAACCCCCCGCCCUGAACCCCGACCCGACCUUUCACUGUGGGAGUCACCGCAACAACGUCUUCUGCUCCACUUUGGGAUGCCGACCUUCGGUCAUGGAUCCGCCCUUCUCCCCUUUCUCGGCACUUGUAGCUUUUACCCAGUACAAAGUUGGUGGGGACGCGGAAAUGUAGCGUUUGACGUUUGGUCGCCGUUGAGUGAGGUGCGUUUCGAUGUCUGACACCAGGGCGAGGCGACGGUUAGAGUCGACGGCGCAUUGCUGUCGUAGAACUCAAAACGAGUGGGCGCGUCUGUGGUCGUAUAGUUUCUGUUGCGACAAAUGCUGUGUGGGCACGUUCGUAUAGGAAGUUUUUUUUCUAAAAUUGAGUGUGUCGGUGUACUUUUUUUUUUUUUUCGGUAUUAGAACAAACAAGGAAAAGCUGGUUUCAAAGCAUCGUUAUAAAUUCAUUCUGUCCUCGUUUUUUUUUUUUUUUUUUUUUUUUUUUUUGUUAUUGACAUUUUGGGUGAUGCGUGUGCCUCUUUCAUGUGCAAGCGCGAGUUUAAAAAACGUUUUAAGAGUAGUCGCGGUGCAAUGUUGUCGCGCCGUUGCGAAAGCCAAUGCCCCCCCUGCCUCUUGCCUAGUCCCAGAUAAAAUCUAAUCCAAACUCACAAAAAAUAGUUAAAGAAAACAACAACUAACUGUCUCGUGGUAAGCGGACUUCUUAACGAGUGUCAGAGUUUAUAAAAAAAGCCUCUUUUUUUUCGUGUCAGAUGAAAAUCACUUUUUGUGGGGCUUUUUAUUGUUUUUGUGAGCGCAUUCUUUUUUCUUUUGUUGGGGAUGUUGAGAAUUGAUUAAGGCGUAUUUCGGCGUUGGCGAGCACCGUUUCUGUUUAUCUGUGAUAAUAUGUGUCUUUUUUUCUUUGUGCAUGUAUGUAUAUGUGUUGGGCGUACCCAAAUCAGUUUCUUCGGUUUGUUUGGGAAAGGGGCCAGGGUCUCACGUAGACAUUGAGAGUUUUCUGGCGUCUUAAGAUUUGCACUUUCUCGGCAGUUUUUUUAGAGUUGCAUUCAUUUUUCUUUGGUCCCCCCUUACUGGUACACGGCGGGCGGUCCGAGCAAACAUGGGAGCAGAUUUUAUCGAGCGUACCAUAACGACUGUACGUCGCAGGACGAGCCCAAUUCGCGGCCACACCACGCGCAUGCGUUCCUUUCCCCUUGAGAUUUGGCGACGCCAGAGUGUGGUACAACUCUCUUCAUAUUCGAGCAAGCUGCACGCCACUUCGCUGUUCCUUUGCAGAGAAGUACUCUGCUCAAGCCGUAGUCAUUUGCGUCAAUAUUAGGCAACUAAACGACCAUGUGUGUGCGUGUGUGUGUCGUAGCGAAGUGCUAGCACAGCUGUUGGUCGACUGUGCGGUAGCACGUUGCCGGUGCUUUUCGUUUUCGCAACAAUCGUCUUAAUGACCGCUGCGGCACCCGGAGCGCGUCUCUGACUGGUGUCUUUACCACGGCCUGGAACAUGAUCCCUCGCUUUCCGCCCGGCGAUGUCGGAGAAGUGUCACGCGGCGUUCGCUGGACGCAAGACAGGACGUUGCGCAACGAUGGCAACCCUCGCGUCUUCCCGUCGUUUUCUCAGGCACUCCUGCGACCGACUGUCAGGAUUGCGGCACGGCAUGCCGACUUCCACGACGCGAUUGGUCGCCAUCCAUCUUGGGACCACUUUGAGUGCAAGGGCGGGACGGGACGCUUCAAGGAGUACUGGGCCGAAAUUUGGAGCUCACGAGACAAGGCUGGAGUGAUGGUCGGGAUGCUGCAAGACCCAAAAGAACAUCACUAGUACAGCAAUAUCUCUAACGGAUGGCCGUAUUUUUGGAAAAGAAGCGCGCAAUUGAACUUGGCCAACAAGGUCAACGGGACAUGUGACGUCGCAAUUCUCGUUCCCCCUCCUCCUCGUUUCGUCCACUCGAGCUGGUGAACCGAAGCUAGGCCGCUUCCCCUCCUUCUCAACUGUUGCAGGAGGAUUGUGAUGUCACGGUUCUCACUUAAUCGCGCCUUUUUUAUUCCAGAAAUAUGGCCAUCAGUUUCAGAUGUCGAUGUAUGGGUGAUGUUUUGGAGUUCGUAACAUCCCGUUCGACGCUUCUGUGGCGUUAUUAUGCGAAAUCCAAGUUUCGGUUCAGCAUCCCUUUAACACGCCAGUUGGAGACGCAUUCCAGGGAUUGUACUUUCGCCUCUGGGGCAGGUGUCACAAGGCAAAGAUGCCGCCAACGUGGCACGAAGGGACUCGGCAAAUGCCAAUUAACAUUCCCGUUUUUGCGUCGGGCUCGUCCUUUUUGGCCUUGUCAGUUUCCCAGAAGGGGUUGGGUGGAGAAGAUCUUUUGUCAGUCGGGAGGGAAGGGAGGUAAUAUAAAAACUUUGCCUGAAAAGAAAAAAAAAAUUAUAUCUCUUCAACCAGCCAAAUCCUUGUACUACGUGUGUUUGCGGCCUGUAUCACGUAUUUAAUUAAUAAAGAUAGUUUGACAGCUUG